AUGAAACUUCCUGAAACCUUCGCACCAACAUUAAAGACAAUCAAUGAAAGGCUCAGUGCCGAUUCGCUAAGUGCUUACAAGGUUUGCCUCAAAUUAGAAGGCGAAGUCAGCAAGAAGGACGUCAAAUACGCAAGAGUGCUCGGAUACAUGGUCCUCUAUCCUCCCUCUUCUAACGUUCUUGCAAAGAUUUUGGAAGAAAUCCACUCCUGCGGGGGCAAAAAUGCUACGUUAGUCAAGCUCGGAAAAUUUUAUGUGGAUUACUAUAUUCAGGGCUUCAAAAAACACAGAACGAAAACACCAGCUUCUUCGGAACAUGCCAGUCGUCCUUCAUUCGAUAAGGACAAGGGCGCUCUACUGGCCGUGCUGAAGGAGGCUCCCCAAGACCGAAGAACCGCAAAGAAACAAGCUCUCAUUCGUGAUGGUUAUAGGUGUGUGGUAACUGGGAAGUACCACGCAGAAAUACCGGCAAGCUUCGAGGUUGACGAAGAGGAUAAGAACCUAGUAGACUCAGUCUUCACACAAUGUGCACAUGUUGUACCCGAAGCGACGUACUUCGACAUCUCUGAUAAAGUGUCCCAGGCCAAGAAGUUAUGUUCGUACGGUUUUUCUGUUGACACUGUCCUGCUCACUAUCUCUUAG